GCGACCGAGAAUAUUACAUUUUUCUCACAAGAGCCGAUGUCCAAACUUGAAAGCUACAGGCCUAUAGAGGGGUCCUAGCUGCGUAGCAUUCCCCGUGUCACCAAGCACAAAUGGAAGGGACAAAAUGGAGACGCGGUAGACACUCCAAUAUCGGAUACGCGUUCGAGCGGACCUAAUCGCGACCUUGGCUUGGAUUGCGAAACCCGUGACAACGCUCCGAGGACAACAAUCGGCGUGCGCAGCGGAGAUGUGAUACGGACAGUCUUGCUUUCAGAUUGAGUACGGACGUCCACCGAAGGCAGUCGGCAACCUCGUGGUCAGGUAACCAGUUGUCAACUGAGGGAAGUUUCUUUCGGAUUACCCUAUACCGAGUGAAUUUAGCUCGGCGUCAUGGGCACCUUGAUGUGGAACGCUCUGGUGGCUGCAGUGGUGGCACUGGUGACCUGCGUCGCCUGGUGGAUCCGUGACAGACGUCGAAAACACAGCUUCUUCAAAAAUCACGGCAUCCCCGGACCAGAACCGGGCCUUCUCUGGGGAAAUAGGAAGGAGCUUAAGAAAGACGCCAUUAACGUGAUGGAGAAUUGGAUAGAACAGUAUGGGAAAGUGUUCGGCUUCUACCAGUCAGAAGUGCCCUUCAUCGCUCUUAGUGAUGUGGAAAUAAUCAAGCAGUGCUUCAUCAAGGAGUCCAACGUGUUCCACGACCGACCGUCAAUUCCUCUGAAGGUGGAGCCAUUUGCGAGCAGUCUGCCCUUCCUCAACGCUGACACCUGGAAGAAAGUGCGCACUGUGCUAAACCCCACCUUCAGCGCAGUGAAAAUGAAGCAGAUGAUGCAGAUUAUGAACGCUUGCACGGAUGAGUUCGUAGACGUGCUUGAUGACUACGCCAAAAAAGGAAAAGUGGUGGACAUGUUCAAGGUAGCCCAGGGCCUGUCACUGGAUGUGAUUACAAAGUGCGCUCUGGCCUGGCAGGUGGACUCCCAAAGAAAUCCCCAUGAGCCCUUACUCCGUGAGGUUCGGAACAUAUUCCUCAGUUCAGAUAAUUUUGUGACAAGGGCAGUGUUCUGGUUCCCAUCUCUGAACAAGCUGAUCGAAUGGUUGCAUCCGUUCACCAAAUUGGCAAGAACUCUUAACAAUAUCACUCAGAACCUCAGCAAAGUAGUCCAUAUACGACGGAGUGGAAUAUCGCCUGAUGUGCCGGACAUGCUUCAACUGAUGCUAGAUGCUCAAACCGAAAAAGGCAGCAGUGCUGACGACCAUGACGAGUAUGAGCCGUUGAUCGAAGAUCGUCUGCUCAUUGCAAACUGCUUCAUAUUUCUGCUAGGUGGCUUCGACACAACCGCCGUUGCACUGGCGUAUAUAAUGCACAUCCUGGCCAAGUACCCCGAAGAACAAGACAAGAUUCUCCGCGAGAUAACGGAAGCGUUCCCUGACAAAAAAGAACUGGGCUACGACGAACUCCACAGGCUCAAACGCCUGGAAAUGGUGAUCAGCGAGAGCUUGCGCUUGUACCCUGUGAUUGUGACCUUCGUGUCUCGGAACUGCCAGCAAGACAUCACGGUGAUGGGUCAGUUCAUCCCGGCCGGUGCCAACGUGACUCUUCCGGUGUGGCACCUUCACCACAGCGCCGAACAUUGGCCGGACCCUCUUAAAUUCGACCCUGAGAGAUUCAACGAGGACAAAGGGAAGCCCCAUGUGGGGGCCUACCUUCCCUUCGGACUCGGUCCUCGCGCGUGCAUCGGCAAGCGCUUUGCGAUGCUCGAGCUGAAAGCAACUGUCUGCAAGGUCCUGCGUAGCUUCAGAGUGGUACAGUGUGAGGAGACGCAGGACCCAUUAAAAGUGGUCGUUCCGAACGCUACUGCGUACCCGAAAGAUGGGGUUAAGUUGAAGUUAGAACUGCGAAACCCGUGAAUAUUUGAUUGCAGAAUUGUCGCUUUCAAGGCAUCGGCUCGGUGCAUUUUCUGGCAAUCUUUUUAACCAUAUAAUGAUGACGGUAUUCAAGUAACAGAUUCCUUCAUCGGGUGCUCUUAACUGCAUUCGAAUUAAGAAGACACCGAAAAAAACGCCAAAAACUCCAAAAUAAGUGAACGGCACAUAGCACGCGAGGCUUGAUUUGCAAGUUGAUACUCGCUUAAGAAGUGCGGUUAAGUUAACUGCAGUUCAUUUGUCGCUUGAUUGUACAUAAGAGCUUUCUACUGUCCAAGUAAGAACUAAUACAUUUGACGUAACGAGGUGUUACGUGAAAAGGUGCACGAGUAAACGAGGAUCCCUAUCACCUAUUUGGUUUUUAGCGUAUUUGGAGAUUUACUUCAGAUGCAAACGGCCCAGUACAGAUUGCAACGGUCUUAACAGAAGUUUCAAUGAAGUGCUUCCUUUAAAAUUAGCUCAAAUUAUUCAUCUGACCCAAAGGGAGUCCAAACUGUUACGGGAUUUUCUAGAGCUAGUUCCCAUACUAGUUAAUAUGGUUGUCUGAAAUUUUUACAAAACACGAACGUAAAGCAGUGAACAAGGACAGCGGUGACCUUGCUCACUUCUUUACCUUCGUAUUUCGUAAAACUCAGCUGUUCACAUUAAAAAAGUUUGAAAAACAUGCAAAGCGUAAACCAAGGUUUGUGAAAUAUUGCGUCGCUUCUUCAGCUUAGAUGAUGAUCAACAUUUCAUUUUGGAGAAAUACCUCUAGUAGAUUGAAAGAAGCCCAUAACGUUUUCUCUAUUACAUCGGCUAAUUGUCAUUUUAACGUUGGAAAUAAAUGUUUGUUGGAUAAUAAAAGG